AUGUGCCUCAGUCUCAGCUCACUGCUCGUGCUGGUGCUGGGGGUCAGCCUGGGGGCUUCCUUUCCCCAUGACACGCUGAGGAACGGCUGCAGGCUGUCCAAGUACCAGAACAUUGCACCCGAGGAGAAGAAGGCUGUGGACAAGAUGAGACAAGAGUUUGUGAGUAUUGUGAGCAGCCACAAAUGCAACACCAGGCUCUUCUACCGCAAAUGGAAUGCAGUAGACCUGCCGAUGUCCGACCGAGUGCUGCUGGUGGCGGCCGAGCUGAACCUCACCACUGCCAUGCUGGAGCUGCCCGCUGUCCCCAGCUUUGCCCAAGUGCGCCGGCGGCCCCUGCAGUUCUUCAGGCAGGCCCGGGAGGAUGUGCGGGGCUGUGUGAGUGUGGAUCCUUCGCAGCAGCCCUCGGGCAGGCUGAGGCACUGGCUGCACAAGCUGCAGGCGGCCGAGACCCCCGAGAGCACGGCGUGCCUGAGGGCCACCACCAUCCUGCACGUCCUGCAAGUGCUGGCCGACCUGCGCUGCGCUGCCCUCCAGGACAAGUGCUGA